AGCAAAACAUUUGAAUUUUGAAAACGGGAAAUAUUAAUUGAGAAUUUUAUAUAAAAUGCAAAGAUUAAAAGCCGAGGAACAUAAGAACUUAACGGGGACUGUGUUAAAAAUUUUAGCACAAAAUCGCAUUACUACGAUUCUAGAGUUUCUACAAGAAGAUGCUGGAAAGUUAUCAACCCUCACAAAGUUAUCUCUACCUCAAGUCCUGGACAUUAGAAAUGCUAUUCUAAACAAAUAUGCAGCACCUUUAAUCAAACUGGGUUCAUUAAAACUGGAUACUUUAGAUAAAAGAAAAUGUUUGAACACUGGUAUUCUUAGUUUAGAUACUGCUACAGGCGGUGGGAUACCAAUAGGCUUUAUUACAGAAUUGUGUGGUCUGGCAGAUUCAGGGAAAACACAGCUAUGCCUUCAAUUAGCCAUAAACUGUGUAAAGAAUUCAGAGAGUAGUGUACUUUAUAUCGAUACCAAAGGGGACUUUUCUGCUACGAGGGUCCAGAAGAUAUUGGAUGCUUAUGGCUAUUCACAUAAGGAAAUGGCUUUGAUAAUGAUCAAAAUUAAAAUAGUCCAUAUAUGGACAAUGGAAGAGCUAUUAGAUUUCCUCAAGAAGCUUAAAAAUCAGACAAUAUGCGUUGAAAACUGCCUGGUUAUAAUAGAUUCAUUACCUUCGCUGAUGUUUCAGUACCUUGGUGAUGAUAAUAAAGUUGGUUUGUCUUUUUUGAACAACUUCGUGAAUUAUGCAAGAUACAUGGGCAAACACUUCAAUAUAGCUUUAAUUUGUGUGAAUAUACAAACACGAUGGGUAGAUCAAGAAAAUGCAGAUUUGGAAGAUGAUAGAGAACAGGCUACUUCAUACAUGAAAGAAGCUCAUUACAAAGAGAAAAGAAACCGCUGCCUUGGUAAAUACUGGCAAGGAAUCCCAAUGAUGGUUAUCUUCCUGGAGAAGCAAGAGAGAAAUACUGAAGAUGGGUCUCCUCAUGUCUGUUUAAACAUAACUGUAUUAAACAAUGGCCAACUCUCAGAUAAAUGUAGUAGUUGUAAUGUUAUUUUGAAUAAUUUAGGUGUUACCUAGUGUGUUUAAGUCUAACUAGUAAUUGGUAGUCUUAUUACGAGGAAAAUGUUACAUAUUUCCACGCUGAUUUGCAUUUAAUAUAUGAAUAUAUUUUACUGAGUUAGCUAAUGAAAAUUGACACAUAAAAUCCUAUCAAAAUAAACCAUACUGUGUUUGUGUUUCGGUAGUUUUAUCUCUUUGAUAUAAAAAUAGACACGCUGCUCAAUGUUAUAUUUUAAAUCACGAAAAGUACAAAAUUUUCAGUAUAGAAUAGUCCAAAGA